UACAAAAAACUUGAAAUAUAAGCACUGAAAAAUGAAAUUAAUUAAAAAAAAAAAAACAGAAUCCCUAAUUAUAAUGGAAUGUUCUUCUCUCACCAUUAGCUAACAACAAAGCACUAUAAAUUAAUGAACUUGCUAUUCAAGUUAAACCAUGAAUGUACCGCAGAAUUCAUGUUUAUAGACUUUUUAUUUCUUCCAAAUAAAAGUGAAAGACAAAGGCCUUGGAUAAGUUAUUCAGUUACAAACACAUGACUUUAACCGCUGAUGUAUAGAACAAUAAUGUUGCCUAUUUAAUUUCCAGGUAUUUUUAUUCAGUUGCUUAUGGAAGACGACAGGGUACUAUCAUGGGACAUGAUGACGCUGUGAGCAAAAUCUGUUGGCGUGACAAUCGAUUGUACACAGCGUCCUGGGACUCUACUGUUAAGGUGUGGAGCUGCAUUCCUGACGAUAUUUCAAGCAACCAAAGAAGUCAAUUUCAACUUUUGGCUGAGCUUGAACAUGAAGCUGGUGUAAAUGCAAUGCACUUGAACCCUGCAGGAACGAUGUUGGUAUCUGCAACCAAGGAAGGGUCUGUUAGCAUAUGGGACAUCACUACAUUCGGGUUGCUUCAUCAGGUUUCAUGCCAUUCAGGGACAGUCUACGAUAUUGCGUUUAGCCCUGAUAGCAGACAUAUCCUCAGUGUCGGAGAAAACAGAUGUUUGAAAGUGAUUGAUGUGCAAAUGGGGAUGAUCAUUUCCUCUGUAGUUUCAGAGGAGCAACAAAGGUAAACCAUGCCCAGUUGUGACAUUCCCCCUUUAACUUCAGCAUCACUGUUGACCCUGAGGUGUUGUUGACUAAAGACAGAAGAUGGGAGGUUCCCACUUGAUGACCCCUGCGAAGUGCACUACUCAGCCCGUUCCAGACAGUUGCCAUGCUGAGGCACUAGGGAGGCUACACUCUGGUUGAUCCCUGGAGUCAGCAUUGCCGUCGUUGAAUGUGCCAGUGCGGCAAGGAGGCUGCAAAUAGGUUGAUCCCUGUGGCCAGUAGUACACUUCAGGCGUGAACACCAGAUCAAUAGGAAAUUCAUGUUACCUGGCAGAGGAAAAGCAAUAAAGGCUCAUAUUUCAGCGAAGCUACGUCUUGGUUGGUCCGCAACAAGACUGUCUCAUUGUGUCUUGGCGAAAGCCGAGUAUUAGUAUGAAGUAGAUAUCUGCUACUCUCGUGUAAUGAGAGUGCCUCAGCUACUUGUGCACUGUCAGUUUUAUUCACAAUAUCAUAUU